AUGUAAUAUUACCAAUCCCUGUUUUAAUCUUCUAAUUUAUUUUGCACCAUAGACAAACCACACUCUUUAUAAUAAUUUCUUUUAAAUUAAACAGUGUGGAGAUACAGGGUGCGUAUUUUAGUUAUAUUACAAGUAUAUACUCUCCCGUAGACUCAAAUAUAUUCAAUUUAAGGUGUCGAAGCGCCCUCAACAAUGAAAUUAAUCAAAGUUUCUGAAUACAGCCUUAAGGUUUUGGGAGAGAUUACAUUUAUCACAAAUUUUAUUAACAAUCUUCACAUUAUGUUAGACAGGUAUGCAAAACGCAAUACCUGA